UCGUCUCUAUUUCACUAUCAGCGUGAGCAGAAACAACUCGGCUCGGACCUGGAUCGAGAGAAUCGGAGGCGUCCGUGUCACACGUGAAGGGGAUCGAACUCCGUUUGCUGGUUUGGAUCGUCGCUCCUCUGCUCGCGCCCACAGGUGAAUUUCCGAACAGGUUUGACGAGAAUUUACCCCGAGAGGAAGUAAAAGGACGCCCGGGUGCCUUUGGGUGUUUACUCUCUUCCAGACCGUUGGGAGGUACGGACACAAAGUCGACUGGAAUUCCCCCAACCCAACCCACCCACCAACCCCCCCAAUUCUUCAUCACCUGCUCAGGUUUUUUCCUCUUGGCCGUUGGGAGUCAUGAAGCUGUGGAUCGCCCUCGUCCUCGCCGCCGCCGCCGCCGCGGGAGCCUCGGCACAGAACUGUGACCCAUGCGGUUCCAUGAAAUGGGCCACCUGCGAUGGGAACCCAUGCGUGUGCACGAUCCUGUUGGAUGCGGGUGUGAAACAAAAGCUGGACUGCAGCAAAAUGGUCCCCAAGUGCUUCCUAAUGAAGGCCGAGAUGUACAGAGCCAAGAAAGGCCAGGACACGCGCACGAUAGGAGGGAAGCCCGUGGAGACGGCGUUCGUGGACAACGACGGCAUUUAUGACCCGGACUGUGAGAACGACGGCACGUUCAAGGCCAAGCAGUGUAACAACACCGAGGAGUGUUGGUGUGUUAACAGCGCCGGGGUCAGGCGAACUGACAAGGGCGACAAGAACCUCAAGUGUGAGAAGCUGGUGGAGACCUACUGGGUGCGCAUAGAGCUGAAACACAAAAAAUUGACAAACUCGGUGGAUGAGAAAAAGCUGAAGGUGGCCAUGCAGGAUGCCAUCUACAAACGUUAUGACAACUUCAACAAGGACCUUGUAACAGACGUCCAGUAUGACCCUGAUAACAACCUGAUUGUUGUGGAUGUGAAGAAGGAAAGAGGAAACCGAAAGAGUGACUUGACCCGCAUGGCCUACUAUAUGGAGAAAGACGUGAAGGUGCUGCCCCUGUUCAAGGACCAGGCCAAGUUCACGCCCAGUGUGGAUGGCCAGAAUCUGGAGAUGGAGAAUAUUCUGAUAUACUACGUGGACGAGGAAGCCCCCACUUUCACCAUGAAGAGACUGACAGGGGGCAUCAUUGCAGUCAUUGUGGUGGUGGUUCUGGCCGUGGUUGCUGGCCUGCUGGUUGUGUUCUUUGCCAAGAGGAGAGAGAAGCAGCAGUAUGCCAAGGCUGAGCCCAGAGAGAUGGAGGCCAUGUAAAAUGUCACGAGUGGAGUUCAGCGCAGGAAUCAACAGCUUCUAUGUAGGAACUUGUUUGUAAUGGAAGGGUGCCUUUUUUAAUGUCUACUUUAAUGAAUUGAGUUUGUAAAGGAAUGAUCCAAUUUUUUUUUUCCGGUAGCACCAUUACCAUACUGCAUUAUUUUAUUUAUAAACUCUUAAGUUUGCGCGUUGCAUGUCUUUGGACGCAUCGGCUGUGCAUUUUUUAAUGCUUAUGACAAGUAAUCCAUUUAUUGUUAAAUGCCACACGGAGAACUUUGAGUUCUAGAUUGUACAGUUUUCUUAAAAAUUUGUUGUGUUGCAUUGUUUGUAAUAAAAGUGAUUUUUAAAGGAG